AUGGCCGCUGCCGUCGCUAGCCGUGCUCUCCUUGCCGCUCCGGCUGUUGCCGUUGCCAAGGCUCAGACCAAGAAGGCUUUCUUCGGCAACAUUGCUGGUCUGGCACCCGUUGCCCGCCGCUCCACCCCCGUGGUGAAGUCCCUGGCCGUCAAGGCUGAGACUAACUACCAGGUCAUUGAGCCCCUCAAUGGCGACCCCUUCGUCGGUGGCCUCGAGACCCCCGUGACCUCGGCUCCCCUGGUCGCCUGGUUCCUGUCAAACCUCCCCGGCUACCGCACUGGUGUGAGCCCCCUCCUCCGCGGUGUCGAGGUCGGCCUUGCCCACGGCUACCUCCUCGUCGGCCCCUUCGUCUGCACUGGUCCUCUCCGCGGCACUGAGGUUGGCCAAGUCGCCGGUACCCUCGGGGCUGCUGCUAUCGUCACCAUCCUGUCCGUGUGCCUGACCGUGUACGGCAUUGCCUCGUUCAAGGAGGGUGCUCCUUCCACCGCUCCCUCCCUGACCCUGACUGGCCGCUCCAAGGAGGCUGACAAGCUCCAGACUGCUGACGGCUGGGCCUCGUUCGCUGGCGGCUUCUUCUUCGGUGGCCUGUCGGGUGUCGCCUGGGCAUACAUCCUGCUCUACGUUCUGGACCUGCCCUACCCGGUCAAAUGCAAAGGGGGCAUGAGUCGUGUCGUGCCGCCCGUCGCCAUUACUCGGCAGGCGCAGAGCCAUGUGGCCGGUGGGGCGUCGGGGCGUGCAGCGCUGCGGAGGCGAAGUGCUCAGCUUAAGGCCGUGCGAGCUGUCGUGUUCCUCGUGCUGCUCGCGGCCUUCAUUCACCUGCUAGUCACGUCUCGCAGCCGAAGCGCGUCGCUGGCAGCUGAAGCGCUUAAGAAGCUACGCCGAGGUGCCCCCGCCAUUCCUGUUAACGUCUCACUGCUUUCGACUCCCUCGCUACAGCAGCAGCGGCAGCAGCCGAUUCAAAAACAACUGUUGCUCCCCAACCUACCGCGAAUUUUGCCAGCAUCCUCUCUCUUCCCAGCAGCAGGCGAGCCAGCCGCAGGGGCUUCUUUUCCAUCAGUCCCUUCCACGAGAGAAGGCAGCAGCGCAGUGCCAUUUCAAGCACCGGCCAGGAUUGACAACAGCACCACCACAGCGGACACUGAUGCUACUAAGAUCGCUCACGGCUCAGAUGACACCAGUAGCAGCAGCAGCAGCAGCAGCAGCAGCAGCAGUAGUACCCCAGUGGUAGGGUUAGAAGGAGGGCGUGUGGAUGAAGUGCAGCCACUGAGGGAUGCUGAGCGUGGUGAGAUGAGAGGGGAGGAGGCACGGAGGGGAGAUUUUAUAGGGCAGGUGGAUGGUGAAGGUGGAGUGACAGAGGAAGGAGCGGGUGAGGUGGAUGUUAAUGGGGAGAAAGAUUCCAGGCACGGAAAGGAGGGAGAGGAAAAGGGAGGAGAAGAGGAAGGAGGAGGAGGAAAGGUAGCAGGAGUAGCAGGAGUAGCAGGAGGAGGGGAACGUGGUGUGUUGGAAGGUUUGAAAAAGAAGACCGAAGCUAGGAGAAAAGGGCGGAAGAGGGUGAAAGUGAGAGGGAUCCGUGAGAGGAGGAAGAACAGGAGUAGAGGGAGGAUGAAAGGUGUGGCGGCGGAAGGAGGUGAAAAAGACGAGCGUACAGGUGGUGAGAGAGCAGCAGCAGCGUUAGCAGCGGCGGCAGAGGCAGAGAGUUUGGAUGCUGAUGUUGGAGAAGCGGUGGUGGUGGGUGGAGAGCGGCACAAUGAGGAUGGCAGGCGCUUUGGCGUUGGUGGUGGUGGUGGUGAUGGGGAGAGGAUUGGUGCUGAUGAUGGGGAGGAUGGGAGUGUCCGUGUGAAGGGAGAAAUGAGGGAGAUUGAGGAGGAAGGGGUGGUGGAAGAAAAAAGGGAAGAAAAGGAGGAAGAAAGGGGGGAAGGAAAGGAGGAUGAAGAGGAAGAAGGGAAGGAGGAAGGGAAGGAGGAAGAGAAGGACGAGGGAAUGAAGGACGAGAAGGAGGAAGGGAAGGAGGAAGAGAAUGACGAGGGGAAGGAGGACAAAAAGGAGGAAGGGAUGGAGGACGAGGACAGGGAGGAAGGGAAGGGGGAGGCAGCGAAGGGUAGAGAGGAGGAAGGUGCUGCAAGGGGUGAUGGGAGGAAUGAUCAAGCGGAGGAAGAGGAGGGGGAAACGAAGAAGGGCUCGCAUGAGAAUACCACUACUACCACUAGAGGUGGGGAAGCUGGUAGUGAAGGGGAAAGAGGGGCUGAUGUGGAUGAUAUGAGGGGGAAGACGGCAAAAUAG